AUGCCUGGAGAACGAGGGGCGAAGAAGAGUGGACGCGGUGACGGAGGACGCGAUGAGGCGUCACGUCAGUUGCGUCGUGUUCAAGGUAUGGAGCCUGAGGAGCACAAGGACCUGGAAACAGUCGUCCGCGACGCUCGGAAGGUGAAGAAGGCUGCUCGCGAGAGCGAGGCAGUGCAAGGUGGGGACGUCGAGGCGUCUGCAGUCCAAGGUCAGCUUGCUGCUGGAUCGCAAACUCAGGAGGAAGAAGUUUCCCCUGGGUUCCAAGGUUCGACGGAGGUGAAUUCUGGGUCGCGGAUUCCUGAAGUCCCAGAAGACCACACACACGAGGGUGGUGCUCAGGCGUCUGAGGGAGGCGCCAAUGCGGUUGAGCCCCCGGAGGUGAUUGACUUGGUCUCAUCUUCGGACGAGUCUGUUGUGGAAGUGAAGUCGGAGCACGUGCGAGCGAAGGAGAAGGCGAAGACUCAGAGUUCCAAGGUGGAUUCUGGGAAGACGCCUGAAAGCGACAUCCGGGAAGCUGCUGCGCCUGCUCCGGAAUCGGGAGCAGCGACGUUGGACGCCGGGAGUAUGGUGCUGUACGUUCGACGUGAAGUUCGACGCUGGGAAGAGGUGAAUCCUGGGAAGGUGACGCCGCCAAGUGUCGUUUAUGAGUGGCCGACUCCGAAACCGGAUGCCAACUCGUACUUCGCGGCCGCGUACGCAACGGGACAUGGCGAUCUCAUGGCGACUACGAUUCCCCAGAGUAUCAUGACCACCCGCGAGUGCGUCGCCAUUCUGCAGACUCUGUUUUUCGAAGCCGGAUUUGAGUUUGCCAAUUUGAUCCCUAGCUGGUCUUCGACGCGUGCUUCCAGGAUUCCAGAAAGUCUGGUGCGCUCUGUCAUGGAGGAAACCCAGAAUUUCAUCGCCGUGGAACUGGUCGAGUGGAGAUUGGUGAUAGCUGGUGUGCCUUUCAAAGUAAACUCUGAAGAUCACGCCGCACCAAGCGCCCAAGAGCAAGCACCAAGACUGGACUACCACAAGGAAGAUGGAGACGGUGAUCUAUUGAUGACGGACUACGAUGCGGAUCAACUGGGCCGACAGUUUGUCCUGAGAUUCAGAGUCACUGGACUCAGGAUUUCACGAGCCCACGAGGGCCGAGUGAUGGUGAGCCACGAUCCAAGCGUACUCAGCAUGGACCGCCUCGGCCACAAGUUCCCGUACAAGUCUUCGACUGGUCCCUCGCUUCAGAAUUCCACUCCCCUGAAUUCCAUGUCCAAUGGACGUGAUUCUCUGGAGGCGGAAGUCAAGGACGCUACCCCAGGCGCGGUGCCAAGUGUCAUCGGUACCUCGCGCGCUUCGGAUGAGAGUACUGCCUCGGGCGUUCAAACGUUUUAUGGUAGCUCUUCGUCUUCGUCGUUGAUGUCGCUUGGCCAUCGAGUUGGAGCUCUAGCGCUUGUGGCCCAGAGUACCGGUGGCUUUGCAGCUGCCGGUGAUCUUGGAUUUCAGGUCACCCUGACAGUCAUCCCGUCGCGUAUUGUGUCAGUCGACCAAGAUGACGUUGAGAUGGCAUCGUCGGUGCACUCCGACGCAGAGAUCGCACCCAGGAAGGCCGGUCUCCCCAGGAUUUCAGCCACGACUUCCGAGCCGAAACUCAGUGUUUCUGCCCGAUUGCUGGAUUUGGUGGUCCAAGGGAUGUCAGCGCCGAUGAGCGGAAAAAUCAUCUGCGUCCAGCCGCUCGAGUGGAUCCAGGAAUCUUGGGUCAGUUCCGUGUCCGCGAGGUCUGGGCCCGACCAAAUCGAGCUGAACGUCUUGCGACAACAGCAGGAGUGGCAGGCCCGCAUGGAACAGGAGCAACGCGAGUUUCUCGCCAGAGAACGCCUGGAUGCCUUGGAGCGCGAGCGCCUCAGGGAACACGUGACCUGGACACGCGUCGCCAGAUCCAGGAACUUACGGAUCGCUUGGUCCACGCUGAGAUCGCCCGAGGAGAAGCGGAACGGCCGUGAGCGCCUGGAUGCCGCCUACGCCAAGCGCUGGCAACAGCACGAAGCCGAAGCCGACUCGGAGCGCGCGCGCUGGGUUUCCGAGACGUACGCCGGUUGGAAGGAACAAAUGUCAACUAUGGAUCAGAAGGUCCAAGAACUUGAGGCGGAGAAAGAGCGAGAGCGGGAGUCUUCCGAGAAUAUCCAGCGUUUCCACGCCGGCCAAGUGCGCGACCUUCGUGCAACAUUGGCCCAAGUUCAAGCGCGUCGCGCAACCGUCGCCCCUGAUUUGGCAACAAAUAGACGGGAGACAGCUGAUUCGAAGAACACUUCCGAAGUCACCGCCUCCCAGCUAAGAGCGACCCUCGCGCAGACUUCCGCCGACACUUCCGGCAGAAUCGCGCGCGUCAAGCGGGGACAUGGCGCUACGGAGACCAAGGUGACGCAGGAUGUCAAGUUCGAGCCUGUGUCUCUGGGGAAGACGUCGGAUCCCAGGAGAACAGCGACCUCUAAGGCCUCGCAGGACUCUAAAACAGACUCCAAGCGCUCUGCACCCAAGAAACACCAGCAGAAGAAGAAGAAGCGUCAGGAUGUCAAUCCACCCUCGGACUCAGACCCAAGCUCCGAUUCCAGCAAUGAUGACUCGUCCUCUGAGAGUUCGAAUGACAGUUCGGACGGGAACCCUGGGGUUAACCUGACGACGGCCUCUACGGCUCAAGCUGGUACUACGCUCCUGACGUUCAGGCCGUACAUCAACUCGAAUACUCUGGGUGAGUUCGAUACUAAGGCGUCACUCAGGGAACGCGUGCAUUGGUGGGAGCGUUUUGCGAACAUGACGGCUCAGGGAGGUUGGUCUACGAAUAUGCGAAUUCAGGAACUCAAGUUGAAACUCUCGGGAGCUGCGCGUGACUGGUUCAACCAGUUGCCCAAACACACUCAGCGUGACUGGAAGGAGUUGGCGUCUACAUUCAGGAAGAAGUAA